AACUCGGGUCUUGGGCGGUGCUGGGGCAAGUGGGAGUCUGCGCUGCUGCCGCCGCCACCCCUACCGCCGCCGCCGCCACCCCUGCCGCUGCCGCCGCUACCGCCACCGCCACUGGCCGAGCGGGUUUUUUUUUUUUUUGGUUUGCCGGAUCCGCCAUAUUGACGAGGACGGGUACCGCGGCUGCGGACGCUAGUCUCCGCCGCCGCCGGAGCCGCAACCUCUCUGCACCCGGCCCGGUUAGGGCCUCUGCCGUGCCGAGCCCCUCCCCGUCUUGCACAGCUCGGGGCCUCGCGGGAGCCCGCCGCCGCCGCCUCUCUCUCACGGGAGGCGGCCGCUUUAGCGCCCGGUGCUCGGGUCGGCGCCGGGAGUGAGGACCGAGCUGCUGCAAAGCGGCCAGGCCCCGAGCGGGGACAGAGGCGGCGAUUAGGGGAAGGUGAAGCCGUCGCUGCAGGAGGAGGAGCUGGAGGAGGUGACGCAGGAGAAACGCACCGCCCGGAGCCGUCUGAGCUCAGCGAGAGCCCCAAUCUGAGGGUAGAAGGGGGAAGAGGGCUGUCGUCGGCCGAGGAGGAGGCGGCGGCGGGCGCGGCGAGGAGCGAGUUCGGGCGCCGGUGUGCAGCCUCCUUGUUGAGACGCCCGGAGCCCGGCAGCCGCAGCCUUUCGAUACACUUUGUUGCCCGUCACCAGGCCUGGGAUGCACCCAGGGUAGGUCUUCCCGGGACCGAGCCCCACCGUCGCCUGCUGCCUGCUUCCUCCCGCCUCCGCGUGCCCUGGUUCUGAGAAGACGUCUGUGUCGUGCGGUUAUGCAAUGGUCUCUGCAAGAUGGUUUAUUCUUGAAUUGGACCUUUUUAAGACUGACAAAUGCUGGCACUUCAUCUUCUAUAAGUGGACUAUAAUUUCUUUUCUCAAGACAACUACAUAAGCAGACAAAAUUGCAAAGAUCUGCCCUGUGUCGAGUAUGACAGCCACGACUCGUGGCUCUCCGGUCGGAGGGAAUGACAACCAGGGCCAGGCUCCUGAUGGACAGUCUCAGCCCCCCCUCCAACAGAAUCAGACUUCAUCGCCUGAUUCUUCCAAUGAAAAUUCCCCGGCAACCCCCCCAGAUGAGCAAGGUCAAGGUGAUGCCCCACCACCGCUUGAAGAUGAGGAACCUGCAUUUCCACAUACUGACUUGGCCAAGUUGGAUGACAUGAUCAACAGGCCUCGAUGGGUAGUUCCAGUUUUGCCGAAAGGGGAAUUAGAAGUGCUUUUAGAAGCCGCUAUUGAUCUUAGUAAAAAAGGGCUUGAUGUUAAAAGUGAAGCAUGUCAGCGAUUUUUCCGAGAUGGGCUAACAAUAUCAUUCACUAAAAUCCUUACAGAUGAAGCAGUGAGUGGCUGGAAGUUUGAAAUUCAUAGGUGUAUUAUUAACAAUACUCAUCGUCUGGUGGAGCUAUGUGUGGCCAAGUUGUCCCAGGACUGGUUUCCACUUUUAGAACUUCUUGCCAUGGCCUUAAAUCCUCACUGCAAAUUCCAUAUCUACAAUGGUACACGUCCAUGUGAAUCAGUUUCCUCAAGUGUUCAGUUGCCUGAAGAUGAACUCUUUGCUCGUUCUCCAGACCCUCGAUCACCAAAGGGUUGGCUAGUGGAUCUUCUCAACAAAUUUGGCACUCUAAAUGGGUUCCAGAUUUUACAUGAUCGUUUUAUUAAUGGAUCAGCAUUAAACGUUCAAAUAAUUGCAGCCCUUAUUAAACCAUUUGGGCAAUGCUAUGAGUUUCUCACUCUUUAUACAGUGAAAAAAUACUUUCUUCCAAUAAUAGAAAUGGUUCCACAGUUUUUAGAAAACUUAACUGAUGAAGAACUGAAAAAAGAAGCAAAGAAUGAAGCCAAAAAUGAUGCUCUUUCAAUGAUUAUUAAAUCUUUGAAGAAUUUAGCUUCAAGGGUUCCAGGACAAGAAGAAACUGUUAAAAACUUAGAAAUAUUUAGGUUAAAAAUGAUACUUAGAUUAUUGCAAAUUUCUUCUUUCAAUGGAAAGAUGAAUGCACUGAAUGAAGUUAAUAAGGUGAUAUCUAGUGUAUCAUACUAUACCCAUCGGCAUGGUAAUCCUGAGGAGGAAGAGUGGCUCACAGCUGAACGAAUGGCAGAAUGGAUACAGCAGAACAAUAUCUUAUCCAUAGUGUUGCGAGAUAGUCUUCAUCAGCCACAGUAUGUAGAAAAGCUAGAGAAGAUUCUUCGUUUUGUCAUCAAAGAAAAAGCUCUGACCUUACAGGAUCUUGAUAAUAUCUGGGCAGCACAGGCAGGGAAACAUGAAGCCAUUGUAAAGAAUGUACAUGAUCUCCUGGCAAAAUUGGCAUGGGAUUUUUCUCCUGAACAACUUGAUCAUCUUUUUGAUUGUUUUAAGGCCAGUUGGACAAAUGCGAGUAAAAAGCAACGUGAAAAGCUACUUGAGCUAAUACGUCGUCUUGCAGAAGAUGAUAAAGAUGGUGUGAUGGCACACAAAGUGUUGAACCUUUUGUGGAAUCUGGCCCACAGUGAUGAUGUGCCUGUAGAUAUCAUGGACCUGGCUCUCAGUGCCCACAUAAAAAUACUAGAUUAUAGUUGCUCCCAGGACCGUGAUACACAAAAGAUCCAAUGGAUAGAUCGCUUUAUAGAAGAACUUCGCACAAAUGACAAAUGGGUUAUUCCCGCACUGAAACAGAUUAGAGAAAUUUGUAGUUUGUUUGGUGAAGCACCUCAAAAUUUGAGUUCUUCUCGUUUCAGUCAAACUCAGCGAAGUCCCCAUGUGUUUUAUCGCCAUGACUUAAUCAAUCAACUUCAACACAAUCAUGCCCUAGUUACUUUGGUAGCAGAAAACCUUGCAACUUACAUGGAAAGCAUGAGACUAUAUGCUAGAGACCAUGAAGAUUAUGACCCACAAACUGUGAGGCUGGGAAGUAGAUAUAGUCACGUUCAAGAAGUUCAGGAACGGCUUAACUUCCUUAGAUUUUUAUUGAAGGAUGGCCAGCUGUGGCUAUGUGCUCCUCAGGCAAAACAAAUAUGGAAAUGCUUAGCUGAGAAUGCAGUUUACCUUUGUGAUCGUGAAGCCUGUUUUAAGUGGUAUUCCAAAUUGAUGGGAGAUGAACCAGACUUAGAUCCUGAUAUUAAUAAGGAUUUCUUUGAAAGUAAUGUGCUUCAACUUGAUCCUUCUCUGUUAACUGAAAACGGAAUGAAGUGUUUUGAGCGAUUCUUCAAAGCUGUGAAUUGUCGAGAAGGAAAACUAGUAGCAAAAAGGAGAGCCUAUAUGAUGGAUGACUUGGAGUUAAUAGGAUUAGAUUAUCUUUGGAGGGUCGUGAUUCAGAGUAAUGAUGAUAUUGCCAGCAGAGCUAUAGAUCUCCUCAAAGAGAUAUACACAAACCUUGGUCCAAGACUACAAGUCAAUCAGGUGGUGAUCCAUGAAGACUUCAUUCAGUCUUGUUUUGAUCGUCUGAAAGCCUCCUAUGACACAUUGUGUGUUUUGGAUGGUGACAAAGACAGUGUUAAUUGUGCAAGACAGGAAGCUGUUCGAAUGGUUCGAGUAUUAACUGUUUUAAGGGAAUAUAUAAAUGAAUGUGACAGUGAUUAUCAUGAGGAAAGAACAAUUCUCCCAAUGUCAAGAGCAUUCCGCGGUAAACACCUCUCUUUUGUAGUUCGAUUUCCAAACCAGGGCAGACAGGUUGAUGAUUUGGAGGUAUGGUCUCAUACAAAUGAUACAAUUGGUUCAGUACGACGAUGUAUUCUCAAUCGUAUUAAAGCCAACGUAGCCCAUACAAAAAUUGAACUCUUUGUGGGCGGUGAGCUGAUAGAUCCUGCAGAUGACAGAAAGUUGAUUGGACAAUUAAACUUAAAAGAUAAAUCGCUUAUUACAGCCAAACUUACACAAAUAAGUUCCAAUAUGCCUUCAAGCCCUGAUAGCUCUUCUGAUUCCUCCACUGGAUCUCCUGGAAACCAUGGUAAUCAUUACAGUGAUGGUCCCAAUCCAGAAGUGGAAAGCUGUUUGCCUGGAGUGAUAAUGUCACUGCAUCCCAGAUACAUCUCUUUUCUUUGGCAAGUUGCAGACUUAGGUAGCAGCCUAAAUAUGCCACCCCUUAGAGAUGGAGCAAGAGUACUUAUGAAACUUAUGCCACCAGAUAGCACAACGAUAGAAAAAUUAAGAGCUAUUUGUUUAGACCAUGCCAAACUUGGAGAAAGCAGCCUUAGUCCAUCUCUUGACUCACUUUUCUUUGGUCCUUCAGCCUCACAAGUGCUAUAUCUAACAGAGGUAGUCUAUGCCUUGUUAAUGCCUGCUGGUGCACCUCUGACUGAUGAUUCCUCUGAUUUUCAGUUUCACUUCUUGAAAAGUGGUGGCCUACCCCUUGUACUGAGUAUGCUAACCAGAAAUAACUUCCUACCAAAUGCAGAUAUGGAAACUCGAAGGGGUGCCUACCUCAAUGCUCUUAAAAUAGCCAAGCUUUUGCUAACUGCCAUUGGCUAUGGUCAUGUUCGAGCUGUGGCAGAAGCUUGUCAACCAGGUGUAGAAGGUGUGAAUCCCAUGAUACCGGUCAACCAGGCUACCCAUGAUCAAGCAGUGGUGCUACAAAGUGCCCUUCAGAGCAUUCCUAAUCCAUCAUCCGAGUGCAUGCUUAGAAAUGUGUCAGUUCGUCUUGCUCAGCAGAUAUCUGAUGAGGCUUCAAGAUAUAUGCCUGAUAUUUGUGUAAUUAGAGCUAUACAAAAAAUUAUCUGGGCAUCAGGAUGUGGGUCAUUACAGCUAGUAUUUAGCCCAAAUGAAGAAAUCACUAAAAUUUAUGAGAAGACCAAUGCAGGCAAUGAGCCAGACCUGGAAGAUGAACAGGUUUGCUGUGAAGCAUUGGAAGUGAUGACCUUAUGUUUUGCCUUGAUUCCAACAGCCUUAGAUGCUCUUAGUAAAGAAAAGGCUUGGCAGACAUUCAUCAUUGACUUACUAUUGCACUGUCACAGCAAAACUGUUCGUCAGGUGGCACAGGAGCAGUUUUUUUUAAUGUGCACCAGAUGUUGCAUGGGACACCGGCCUCUACUUUUCUUCAUUACUCUACUCUUUACUGUUUUGGGGAGCACAGCAAGAGAGAGAGCUAAACAUUCAGGCGACUAUUUUACUCUUUUAAGACACCUUCUUAAUUAUGCUUACAACAGUAAUAUUAAUGUACCCAAUGCUGAAGUUCUUCUCAAUAACGAAAUUGAUUGGCUAAAAAGAAUUAGGGAUGAUGUUAAAAGAACAGGAGAGACGGGUAUUGAAGAAACGAUCUUAGAGGGCCACCUUGGAGUGACAAAGGAGUUACUGGCCUUUCAAACUUCUGAGAAAAAAUUUCAUAUUGGUUGUGAAAAAGGAGGUGCUAAUCUCAUUAAAGAAUUAAUUGAUGAUUUCAUAUUUCCUGCAUCCAACGUUUACCUACAGUAUAUGAGAAAUGGAGAGCUCCCAGCCGAACAGGCUAUUCCAGUCUGUGGUUCACCACCUACAAUUAAUGCUGGUUUUGAAUUACUUGUAGCAUUAGCUGUUGGCUGUGUGAGGAAUCUCAAACAAAUAGUAGAUUCUUUGACUGAAAUGUAUUACAUUGGCACAGCAAUAACUACUUGUGAAGCACUUACUGAAUGGGAAUAUCUGCCACCUGUUGGACCCCGCCCACCCAAAGGAUUUGUGGGGCUGAAAAAUGCCGGUGCUACUUGUUACAUGAAUUCUGUGAUUCAGCAACUCUACAUGAUUCCUUCCAUUAGGAACGGUAUUCUUGCAAUUGAAGGCACAGGUAGUGAUGUAGAUGAUGAUAUGUCUGGGGAUGAGAAGCAGGACAAUGAGAGCAACGUCGAUCCCAGGGAUGAUGUAUUUGGAUAUCCUCAACAAUUUGAAGAUAAACCAGCAUUAAGUAAAACUGAAGAUAGAAAGGAGUACAACAUUGGUGUCCUAAGGCACCUUCAGGUCAUCUUUGGUCAUUUAGCUGCUUCUCGACUGCAGUAUUAUGUGCCCAGAGGAUUUUGGAAACAGUUCAGGCUUUGGGGUGAGCCUGUUAAUCUGCGUGAACAACACGAUGCUUUAGAAUUUUUUAAUUCAUUGGUGGAUAGUUUAGAUGAAGCUUUAAAAGCUUUAGGACAUCCAGCUAUGCUAAGUAAAGUCUUAGGAGGUUCCUUUGCUGAUCAGAAGAUCUGCCAAGGCUGCCCGCAUAGGUACGAAUGUGAAGAAUCUUUUACAACUCUAAACGUAGACAUUAGAAAUCACCAAAAUCUUCUUGAUUCUUUGGAACAGUAUGUCAAAGGAGAUUUACUAGAAGGUGCAAAUGCAUAUCAUUGUGAAAAAUGCAAUAAAAAGGUUGAUACCGUAAAGCGCUUGCUGAUUAAAAAAUUACCUCCUGUUCUUGCUAUUCAACUAAAACGAUUUGACUAUGACUGGGAAAGAGAAUGUGCAAUCAAGUUCAAUGAUUAUUUUGAAUUUCCUCGAGAGCUGGACAUGGAACCUUACACAGUUGCAGGUGUCGCAAAGCUGGAAGGAGAUAAUGUAAACCCAGAGAGUCAGUUGAUACAACAGAGUGAGCAGUCUGAAAGUGAGACAGCAGGAAGCACAAAAUACAGACUUGUGGGUGUGCUUGUACACAGUGGUCAAGCGAGUGGGGGGCAUUAUUAUUCUUACAUCAUCCAAAGGAAUGGUGGAGAUGGUGAGAGAAAUCGCUGGUAUAAAUUUGAUGAUGGUGAUGUAACAGAAUGUAAAAUGGAUGAUGAUGAGGAAAUGAAAAACCAGUGUUUUGGUGGAGAGUACAUGGGAGAAGUGUUUGAUCACAUGAUGAAGCGUAUGUCAUACAGGCGCCAGAAAAGGUGGUGGAAUGCUUAUAUACUUUUUUAUGAACGAAUGGACACAAUGGACCAAGAUGAUGAGUUGAUAAGAUACAUAUCAGAGCUUGCUGUCACCACCAGACCUCAUCAGAUUGUUAUGCCGUCAGCCAUUGAGAGAAGUGUACGGAAACAGAAUGUACAAUUCAUGCAUAACCGAAUGCAGUACAGUUUGGAGUAUUUUCAGUUUAUGAAAAAACUGCUUACAUGUAAUGGCGUUUACUUAAACCCCCCUCCCGGGCAAGAUCACCUGUUACCUGAAGCAGAAGAAAUCACUAUGAUCAGUAUUCAACUUGCUGCUAGGUUCCUCUUUACUACAGGAUUUCACACAAAGAAAGUAGUCCGUGGCUCUGCCAGUGAUUGGUAUGAUGCGUUGUGUAUUCUCCUUCGUCACAGCAAGAAUGUACGUUUUUGGUUUGCUCAUAAUGUCCUUUUUAAUGUUUCAAAUCGCUUCUCCGAAUACCUUUUGGAGUGCCCUAGUGCAGAAGUGAGGGGUGCAUUUGCAAAACUUAUAGUCUUUAUUGCACAUUUUUCCUUGCAAGAUGGGCCAUGUCCUUCACCUUUUGCAUCUCCUGGACCUUCUAGUCAGGCUUAUGACAACUUAAGCUUGAGUGAUCACUUACUAAGAGCAGUACUAAAUCUCUUGAGAAGGGAAGUUUCAGAGCAUGGGCGUCAUUUACAGCAGUAUUUCAACCUGUUUGUAAUGUAUGCCAAUUUAGGUGUGGCAGAGAAGACACAGCUUCUGAAAUUGAGUGUACCUGCUACCUUUAUGCUUGUGUCUUUAGAUGAAGGUCCAGGUCCUCCAAUCAAAUAUCAGUAUGCUGAAUUAGGCAAAUUAUACUCAGUAGUGUCACAGCUGAUCCGCUGUUGCAAUGUCUCUUCAAGAAUGCAGUCUUCAAUCAAUGGUAAUCCUCCUCUUCCCAAUCCUUUUGGUGAUCCUAAUUUAUCACAACCUAUAAUGCCAAUUCAGCAGAAUGUGGCAGACAUUUUAUUUGUGAGAACAAGUUAUGUGAAGAAAAUCAUUGAAGACUGCAGUAAUUCAGAGGAAACUGUCAAAUUGCUUCGUUUUUGCUGCUGGGAAAAUCCUCAGUUCUCAUCUACUGUCCUCAGUGAACUUCUCUGGCAGGUUGCAUAUUCCUAUACCUAUGAACUGCGGCCCUAUUUGGAUCUGCUUUUGCAAAUCUUACUGAUUGAGGACUCCUGGCAAACUCACAGAAUCCAUAAUGCACUGAAAGGAAUUCCAGAUGACCGAGAUGGGCUGUUUGACACAAUCCAGCGCUCUAAGAAUCACUAUCAAAAAAGAGCAUACCAGUGUAUAAAAUGUAUGGUAGCUCUAUUUAGUAACUGUCCUGUUGCUUACCAAAUCUUGCAGGGAAAUGGAGAUCUUAAAAGAAAGUGGACGUGGGCGGUGGAAUGGCUUGGAGAUGAACUUGAAAGAAGACCAUAUACUGGCAAUCCUCAGUACACUUACAACAAUUGGUCUCCCCCAGUGCAAAGCAAUGAGACAUCAAAUGGUUAUUUCUUGGAGAGAUCACAUAGUGCUAGGAUGACACUUGCUAAAGCUUGUGAACUCUGUCCAGAGGAGGUAAAAAAAGCCACCAGUGUGCAGCAGAUAGAAAUGGAAGAGAGCAAAGAGCCAGAUGACCAAGAUGCCCCAGAUGAACAUGAGUCGCCUCCACCUGAAGAUGCCCCAUUGUACCCCCAUUCACCUGGAUCUCAGUAUCAACAGAAUAAUCAUGUGCAUGGACAGCCAUAUACAGGCCCAGCAGCACAUCACAUGAACAACCCUCAGAGAACUGGCCAACGAGCACAAGAAAAUUAUGAAGGCAGUGAAGAAGUAUCCCCACCUCAAACCAAGGAUCAAUGAAAUGCACAUAAUUAACUGGUUCCAUCAAGACUGCACCCAGGCCUUACAGUCCAACCUUUUUCUGUGUCUGGCUAAUAUUUAAAACUAGAAAAACUAUUCCUAAUCAACAUGGAGUGGAGAGUUUAUUCACUGUCUUAUCUGCAGAAAUUUGCUGUCAAUAUAUAACCCGCCUGCAGUGGAAAGUGUAUAGUGUUUUGUAAUAAAUGGCCUGAUGCUAAUGUGUAAAUGGCAAAGGUGUAUAUAGUAUAUUAAUGUUGACUGUUAAUUCUUAAGCAAGAAACUUUUUUCUUGUUGAGACUCACAGAUCUACAAAAACUACAAAAGUUAAUUUUCUUGUUAUACCCACUGCACUCUGCAACCAGUGUUGCCUGCCUCAUGGCAGUAGAAUCAGCUCCUUUACAAAAAAAAAAAAAAAGAAAAAAAAAAAACAGCAACAAAACAGAGCCCAUCCAUGUCAGCCACACCAAUAGUUUCAUGUUAAUUCUUUGCCACUGGAGUCAGUUUUGCUAUGAGCAAUGUAAGGCUGGUACCCUUUAAAUUAUUUGGUUGAUGUGGAAAAUUGGUGAUGUAACACUGUUUCUAGGUUUUUUUCAUUGCCUUUUUAUUCUGAUACUAGGUUAAUCACUUUGAAGCUAUAGUUAUGCUGUAACAUUUAGCAUGGCUUCACACCAAGUUAGUGUAGCCAAUGAGGAAAAAGUUACCAUAAUGACAGCAGUUGUCUGAGAACUGACAGCUGUAUUACUCAGAGCUUUUACUUCUUACACCUAGAAUAUUAAAAUAUAAAACAAGGGGAGAAAUGUGACAAGCAGGCUGUUUUCAGUUGCACAUAUGUUCCUUAUAUAUAAUGUUUGACAGUUCAAUCUCUGGGUGGGAUAAAGAACACUUAAGUAUCAGUAAUGGGAAUUUUAAAAGAUUUAAAACCAAUAUGCAAAAAUUUGCUAUGCCAAGAUGCUGGAGCAUAAUAGAAGACUGUAUUUGGUGUGCUUGUUUUAUUUCUUUGGUAGACUUUAUUAGGUGAAUCUUCUAAAACUUUCCUUCUGCUGGAUCCCAGUGACGUGGAAGUCAUCAGAACCCCACGGUACUUGGAGUACCUCUCUGCACCAAGAUAACUGGCUGAUUUUCUGCUCAGUCACAAUUUUACUUGAAAGCAAGAAUUGUCCUAGCUCCUUUUCCAUUAUUCCAGAAAGUCUAACGUUCAAAGCAGGGUCUAAUUAAAAAAGAAACUACUGGUUAGUUAAUAUAAUUGAGAUACCACAAUUUCAGAAUAAACAUUUGAUUAAAAAUAAGGAACUCCUCAGUUAAUACUGUAUUUAAAAGAAUUGGUAACUUGAAUGUGUGUAAUUUUUUGGAACCUGUCUAAAAACCAAAUACCCCUGCAAACAGAUACAGCCCACCGUAUUCUAUUUAAAUAUUUUGCUGUUUUAUUUUAUAGAAAUUAUUUUGCUGAAUUCACAAAUAGAAUUUGAUUUAAGAAGAACUUUUUGUCCUGUGGUGUGUUUUGGGGUUUUUUUUUGGUUACUUUUUUGUCCUUUUUUAAAGAGGACUGGAUAUUAAAAUUCAUUCUGUGCAUAGCCUGCCUAGGCAUGACACCGAUUCAGGAUUUCAGUCACAUUCAGAUUUUGUGCACAGAAAGAUUUGACCUUUGGCCCUUACUGAAGAUUUUGAGAAAUCAGAAUGUUGACACUGUAAAAGUUUCCUAACAUAAUCUUGUACUUUUUGUAUGUUUUUUAUAUACAUGUAUAUUUAAUGAGCACAAGCUUGGUUAUAUUUUUUACAAUUCAGUUAAUAGGGACAUGUUUUGUCAAGGCUACAGUUGGAACUGAAGAAAGCAGAAACAAUAGAGCAUUGCAUUAUUUUGUGAUUAAAAGGGGCAGGUAUUUAAGAUAAAGCUUUGGGUAUCUUAUUUUGUAGUACUCUAUAGUCAACCUGUGCUUCUAGGUGUUCCUGUAAUAGGAAAUUUUGACACCAGAUAGUUUUUUAAGUUUGAAAGUCAACAGUAUUUGCAAUUCCAAUUGAUUUUGUUUUGGAGAUGGAGUCUCGCUCUCUUGUCCAGGCUGGAGUGCAAUGUCACGAUCUCAGCUCACUGCAACCUCCGUCUCCCAGGUUCAAGUGAUUCUUCUGCCUCAGCCUCCCAAGUAGCUGGGAUUACAGGCGCCCACUACCACAUCCAGCUGAUUUGUUUUUUUUUGUUGUUUUUUUUUUUAUAGAGAUGGGGUUUCACCGUGUUGACCAGGCUGGUCUUGAACUCCUGACCUCAGGUGAUCCACCCGCCUUGCCCUCCCAGAGUGCUGAGAUUACAGGCAUGAGCCGCCACACCUGGCUCCAAUUGAUAGUUUUUUAAUUUAAAAGUUUGUCGGUUUCAAGCUCCUUCAAUGAGUGGAAUAACUAUUUGGAGGAGUUAACUAUUUUUAAGUAUACCAUCUCACCAUCUGAGAGGCGAUUUAUAUAUUUACUGCUCCUUAACAAAAUAUGUAAUGUACUUAAAAACUUUAAUGACUUCCUCAAUGAGAAAAAACUUGACAUAUAAAAGGCUGUGAAUAUUUCUACUUGGAAGAAGAGCCCAACUUUGGUUGCUUUGAAUUUACAAGCCCCCUUGUGCAGGUUAGGGGCUUGUGAAUCGUUUUUGUCUCCUUUUGAGGAAGAGUGGUCUGUGUUGUGACCAGGAGCAAGGGAAAGUGAAUGGAGUUAUUUUUGUUUGUGCAAAUUAUUUUCUAUAUUUAACUCUUAAGCAUUAAUGUAUAACCAGAAAUUUAAAGAUGCAUGUUAUUAUAAGAGCAACAUAAUGGUGAUUUUGAGGUCUUUCUGAACAUAAAUGGCACAUUUUAAAUUUCAAGUCUUCAAAGUGCCUAAGGAUUAUUUAGUUAUCCCUCAACUGAUUUUUUGAGCCAUAUAUUUCCUAUUUUAAAUGUUUGCAGAAUCACCAGUCUUCCUUUGAAAGAAGUAGCCCCCAGAAUUCUAAAUGACAUGAUUAUAGAAGACAGUAAGUAGAAUGUGUUAACAUAAAGACUGAAGAUAUUUUAGUUGUAAAACCGUUUGAACAAGGGCUUUUGCCCUAGUGUAUCUAAGUAUUUCAGUGCACAACUUGGUAAAAAACCAUACUGCUGCUGUUUCUAAGCCCUCCACCAACUGAAUGUUCAUGUUUAGCAUUGUAGAGGCAGAAAUAGCAUAUUUGGGGUUUUUUCUUUCAUUGAUUUUUCUCCUGGUGAUAAUUUUCCAGCCUUGUGUCUUUUAGCUAUUGUGUAUACAAAUUUAGAAUUAUGAAAAUGUUUUCUAUUUUUUUUUUCAUGAUUAACUUAGUGAAUGACAACUUAAAUCCUUAAUCCUAGUAGUGGUUAAAAAGAUGAGGAGGCUUUUUUAUUUGACUUACAUUUGUAAAUGAAAACAAUCUGAAUAUUCAGAUGACUACUUCAAAGUAGUUCUUUCAGUUUAUUAGUAUUUUUUCAGCUUAUGUUCUCCCAUGAGCUGUUUUACUUUGCUGAAUUUUGUGGCUAAUUUGGUGGAUAUAUCCUGCCUUAUUAAGGAUUAUUAGGUGGAUAAGAAAACUGCCUUUUCAUUGUAAGUGCCCAGUUUUGGUCUCUAGUUUGAAGGUACUACAUACUGCCGAUAAAGGAAAACAACACUCGCCCACACCCCAGUUUUUGUGUUACUAAGAAAAAAAACAGUACUGGUUUCAUAGUAGGACUCAACCAGAAUUGGUCCUACACAUAUGUGAGUGUUUAGUUUUUGAAAAUAAGGUUUUUGAGUGUGAUAAAACACUACAGAAGUGCUAAGUGUAUUGAGAAUUUGCUGCCAAUUGUGUUUAUAACAAUUAUUUUUACGUUUGCAGAAAUGUAGCACUUUCCCUCCAAAUUUAUAGGUGUAAGAGAAGUGGGAGCAAGGUGCACCACAUUUUAAAGCUGCAAAUGUGUGAAAAUUUAUUUUGAGAUCCAGAUUCCCAAAAGGAAAUUUCACCACCCAAGUCAUGCACUUCUUAGCCUUUUACAAGCCAACAGACUGACAUGAAGAUUGUUCACGGUUCCUAAGAUUUAGCACAUAUACAAAAAUAAAACUUUAUAAAUUAAA